UUUUUCGUAUGGCCCUUUCUGGCAAUGAGGAAAUUUGCUUCGCUGUCACAUUUAGUGUUUUUCACGAUGCCGAAAUGCACGAACUCAGCAUAUGACUAAACCCCAUACUGACCCACAACAAUUAGUUGCCGAUAUCAUCAUAUCAUCCCUUCAUUACUUUGACAUACAAUACAUGUAACAGGUGUGGAGUUAAAGGUGAAAUGGCGGUCCCUGCAACUUUUAUUUUGGGUAUAGCCAUUCUGUGCACAGGUGUUACAUCUGACAAUGUCUGUGGCGGUGAUCAUUCCGGUACCGCGUCCGGUACCAUCGUCGCCACCCCCGGCCCGGGACCCUGUCAGUGGUCCAUAGAGGUACCCCGGGGAUCCUCUGUACGACUCACGUUCGACAUUUUCCACCUUCAUGAUGGGGACGGUGACGUCAUCGUGUACGAACACUGCAAUGUUGGAAAUCAACUAGGAAUAUUCAAAGGACUCGAGAUUCCUCAACCAGUCACUUCUUACAGUAAUAAGAUGGUGGUAGUCCUGACGUCAUCGGGGAUCGGUACUGGCACCGGAUUCCGUGCUCAUUACGAAGCUGUCCCUGUUCCCAGAGUCGUCCCAGGCGAGCUGUACAGCAUUCCUGAUGACCCGUCGCCUAUUGACAUUAAACAGGGCUGCCUAACGCAUACGGCCGGUGAACGCUGGGCUACAGAAGAUAAGAAGCUGCUGAACUGUGUCUGUGGUGGGGAUUACCGUGUAUGUUAUACCGUACGCUGUCUGAUGGGCACCUCUGCAGUUAUGGGCAAAGACGGGCAUUGGGCCUGCCGCAAAUACCAGGUGCAUGAAAAACAACGUGCAAACAUCCCCGGGCAAGCGAAAUUUGUCCCGGUACCUCUAAUCGUGCAUGCUGUCGUUGGAUUGGUCAACUGGUCUCUAGGCAACGCCUUUGAGGAGCCUGACCCUCAGCAGCAGAUUCUGGCCGAUCUGCAGGCGCUGGACAACAGGCUGGACGAUCUGCACGGACAACUGGACUCGCUCCAGACCGGUCAGGACUGGGCGGUGGGCGCUACCCUGUACGCUCAUGCCGAGCAGAGACUGCGGGACACGCUGGACUACCUCACCAAUGUCCUUUAUGUGGACCCGGCGGGACAGAUGCAGCCGAGCGCCGCCGCGCAUCAGUGGGCGGACACGGUCCUAUCAACGGGACAGGACGGUCUGUUCUCGGUACUGAACAGGUUCCAUGACAUGGUGGUCGGCUCCUCGGGCCUGUUCGGCACCAAGUCCCUCCUGCUGACGUACGACGCCACGUUGGUGUCAACCACUCCCAGGGACAGCGUGGCCUACUGGAACAAGCUGCUGUGGUUCUAUGAGUACACCUACUCCCUCCAGGUGGCCGGGUACUCCGCCUGGUCCACGGCGCUGAACGUGAAGGGAAGGCAGGACGAGACAUCAGCCGUGAUGGCACGGGCGCGGGGGAAGCUCAGCGAGCAGGCCUGCUUUCUUGAGAUGUACCUUAGGGAAUGGCCGGCCGGUACUUACGGACUACCCAUGACCAACACCGGGUGUCCCGUGGCAACGAACGUCACCUGGGAAACCGGGUCUCGUUUCCAGGAUACCAGCGGGUACAACGAGUGGUCAGACGGCCUUCAUUUCCCGACAGACACCUUCCACAGUGGCAACAUGCGACAGGAGUUCUGUAUGAAGACUUCCAGCGAAGGCGGAAGUGGGCAGUGGCCGGCGGGGAACUACUGUAUUUUCAAGAGGGGAGCGUGUCCUGACGGUAUGCAUGCGUUUUGUCAACGGUUCCUCGAAGGCCACAUCACGUGGGACGACCUAGACGUGUUCAAUGAUAACGAGAUUUCGGGCGCACUGCCUGAUGGGGUUUAUUACGCCAACACGGAGAUCCACUAA